AACUUGUUCACGUAUCGCUGUGACUGCCACAAGUGGGUCACAAAAAAAAACACUCCCAUUAAAAUGCGAAAAUAAAUGGUAAAUAAAGCAAAUCAUGGACGAAGUGGACAAGAUAAUCAUGCACCAGCUGCACCAGGUGGACGCGGCCAUCGAGCCGACGGAGGAGCUGUCCGGAUUCACCCCGGAACAGGUGGUGCGAGCGGUCUCCGGCUGUCUGGCGGAGAUCCGUCCAGACCUGCAGCUUCCCCGGACACUUCCCGGCGGAGCGAUGGCCCAGCGCUUCGGAGUGGCCAGCUCCUUGGCGCAGGGCUGCAAGGAUAGCGGUUACAGGGGCGAUAUUGGAUAUCAGACCUUCUUGUAUCCCAAUGCCGUGGAACUGCGGCGGUUGCUGAUGUUUCUCAUCGAACAACUUCCGCGAGAGCGUCAAAGCGCGGAGGACGGUGCCAGCAAGUCGCAAACCCUGAGUCACAGGCAACUCCUAGAGCGAAAAAUACGUAAGGAGCUCGCCCAACAACUUAAGACACCCUGGGUGCCACAGUUUGCCAGGUCCGUGGGCAAUCGCAAAUUGCUUGGUUGUAGUAGUCUGGGCAUCGAAUUUCGACCAAACAUCAAUCUCAACAUUCCAUCCGCCAAUCCCGAGGACCGUUCCAAGGAGCAGCAGCAGUAUUUAGACCAACAGGCACCCAACCUCUUCCAGCAAACAUCCUCCACCUCGACGGAUCUAAUUGCCUCGGUGCUGCACAAGAAUGAACUGGACAGGUGGGACCAGACAUUGCCGGAUUCAACGCUUCUUUUUGUGGAUAGCGAAGAACCAGCGCCGCCCCCGAUUUCUACCGUAAAACCGGCCGCCAGUGCGGAGGAGGAGGCUUCACCCAUCCAAGAACUGAGCGACCAAGUCGAGGAGUUGCGAGUCCAAUGCGAAACCCUGCUAGCGGAACGCAAAGCAUAUGCUGUUGCCAUUGCAGCUCUUAAGCAGCGGGAAGCAAAAGCGAGCGAGGAGAUCAGUCGCAUUCAGCCCACGCUCAAACUGCACGAACGCACUUCCUUGGUUCUCGCCGAUUCCGAGGAGAACCUGACCAAACUGGAGGCCCUACUAAAAUCGACUCAAAGCAAAAGGAUUACGCUUACCCAGCAGUGGCAGGAUUACAGGAAACCGCUGCUGGAAAGCCUAGAGAAACUUAAGACCGCCAAGGAAGCUCAGGAGGUCCAGGGCAUUCGCAACAACAUCGAGCAACUGGAGCAGGAACUUCUGACCAAGACCCAACAGCACAACGAACUUAAUGCCACCCUGCGAAACGCCAGUCAGUCCUUGGCACCUCGCAAGGAGUACACCCGCAGGAUACACGAAUUCAUUGGGAAUAUCCGUAAGCAACGAGCCGAUAUCUACAAAGUUCUGGAUGACACGCGGCAACUGCAGAAGCAGCUCAAUGUUGUGGGUGCCCAGUUGCAGCGCCAGUUCAACUACACGGACGAUCUGCUCUUCCAGAGCGCCAAGCAUGAUCUCCACGCUAAGCGGGCCUACAAGCUCUUGGCCCAACUCCAUGCCAAUUGCAACGAGUUGGUCGAGUGCGUCUCCCUCACGGGAAACGUGACCAAGCAGAUCCGCGAACUGGAGGUCCAAAUCGAUGGCGAGAAGCUGAAGAACGUGCUGACCAGUCUGCAGCAGAUCACCGGCGAUAUCCAGAAGUUCGAGCAACACAUCCAGGAGCUGCAGGAGCAAAUACGGACUGUGGAGCAGCCGAAUGCAGGGAGUUAGUUACUCGGAAUCACUUGUUUACUAGUGCCAAUCACAAUAAACGAAUUGAUGCACGCCAAGCGUUCAUUUCAUUAGUCAAAA